UUCAUUUUUUGUAAAACAUUCACAAUUGUUAUUUAAAUUAUUCAUAAUGUGUGGCUCAUACGCAUUUCACAUACUGUUUAGAGUCACAUUCAUGGUUAUUCUCUUGGGUUCUCUAUGUGAGGCGAGACUGCAUUUAGAUGUUGAUAUCAUCAAUGAUAUUGAUCCAAAUGUUCAAUUGGGACUACACUGCAAAUCGAAGGACAAAGAUCUAGGAUCACAAUCUUUAGUCCUUCAUCAACACUGGGGAUUUAGAGAAGCUAUCAACAGUUGGGAAACAACUUUGUUCUUUUGUCACUUUAAAUGGGGAAGUCAAGAUAAAUGGUUUGAUAUUCUUGUAACUAGGAGAGAUCAAUAUGUAUGUAAACAUCAUCCGUGUGUUUGGAGUAUAAGACCUGAUGGUCCAUGUAGAUUAACAGGUCAAGAAAAAUGUUAUCCUUGGAAUGCAUGAUAAUAUUUGAAUACCAUUGUAACAAGAUUUCGGAAUUAUAAGCUAAAGAAGAAAAAUAUAUUA